AUGAUGUCCAUGUAGCAACUAAAUUCCUCUUCUAUUGUCAAUUUUAUGGCUUAGGAUAGAACGAUGACCAAUGCUCUUAGAAUAGGGCUAAAGAAAAAAACAUUUUGAAAAAUAACUGACCAGAAAAUAAUCACCUUACUUAUGUAUUUAUUGUGAAUCUGAAUGGGAUUGUAUUUCGUCAUGUCAGAUCCUGGUUCAAAUUGGAAACUUAAUUCUUCUAGUUCUUGAUACAUCUAGAAAAAAUAUUUAUAUGAUUCCUUUCUAGAGUGGUAAAAAAUCAUCCAGCUCUUUAUUUGGUUCGUUACAUAGAUUUAUAACACAGAAUGCCCUACCUUUCGAUAGUUACCUCCAGGUGAACUCCCUGGUAUGUAAAUAGUAAUAAUCAUUCUCACAGUAUUCUUUGCAAUGUGACAACUACAGGGUUUGUCUAUGUCCUACUUCUAAACCACUUUUUGGGAUCCCUUGCGAGACCACUUUACCCUCUUCCCAGCAAAUUUAAUACAGAUAAGCAACAAUUGCAAACUUUUCGUCCGUUCAACAUUGCACAUCGAGGCUCAAAUGGUGAAUUUCCUGAGGAAACUGCUGCUUCAUACGUGGUACGUGACAUUUGACACUUUAUCAUUUAUUAUAUAUACUAUCUGGAAUCAACUGCAAGACGAAUUCUUCAGAAAAAGACACAAGACCAUAUCAAAUCGGUAAAGUCACUGAAAAAAAUUGUUAUGCGUGUCUGAUUUCAUGAGAUGGGCCUGAAAAGAAAGUAGCCUAUUUCUUGGUACUCUAAUAAUGUCUUUCAAUUAAAAACUUCCUGAAUAAUGGAUUGAUUUAAAAUCUCUGAGCAAUCACGUUGCUCUCACAGAGCUGGCAACAUGUUUGAUAGGGCAAAUCACUGGCAACUUAUGGCUAGAAUUGUAUAGUAGGGCACUAUGCUAAUUUACUUGAAUGCAGUUUGCUUCUGAUUUCCAUUAGUGUGACAACUGAAUUUAGUAUCAAAAUUUGGGACAACUUUGCACGGCUGCAGAGAGCUAUUGAAGAAGGAGCUGAUUUUCUAGAGACUGAUAUCCUUGCCAGUAAAGACGGGGUACUCAUAUGUUUUCAUGAUGUGAUCCUAGAUAAUACUACUAAUGUUGCUGAUUAUAAGGAAUUCAGUGAUCGUCAAAGGACCUAUGAAGUUCAAGGAGAUGAUAUAACUGGAUGGUUUGUAGGUAAGCAUAUGAUGCAGCAUUCUCUUCCUUGUUCGGGUAUUUUUUUCAAUUCACUAAAUGAUAUCUAUUAUCUUUUUAGUAAUCUUUAUGUUUUCUUAAUUUAUGUAUCUAGAUUUGGAAAUUGAAUGAAAAAGAUUUAUCGGAUAAGACAUUACGGACAUGACUUUGAAUUUUAUUUAUUCUGCUUGCUUGUUGCUACUUAUGACAUGAAAAUACUUUUUUAUAUUCUGAAAGUAUAAGGAGACCUAUUGUCUGUAAAUUGAGGAUCCAUGAACAUGUUUGUUUGUUAGUUCUUUUGGUUGAAAUGAUAACCGAUCUGUCAUCAAGUUUUUGAGUUUUUUAUGAUUUUUCUGAUCAACUGGUACACCUCUCGGCUUUUCUUCUAUUCAGUCCCACUGGCUCCUUGGGAACAUGAGUUUUGUUUUGAUUUUAGUGCAACAAAUGUCAAUCGAUCCCUUCAACUGGUCAUUCAUCUUCUUUCUCUUGUGCAUAUGGACAAUCUAUGUGGCUUUCUUAUGGCAUAAAUUUCUUUUACUGCUACUACAGUAGAGAGAAAUUAUUAUUUCUUCAUAGAAGUAAUUUUCUAUUGUUUUUAACGGAAAGGGAGAAAGCGUGCCACCAGAUUAGUGUGUCUUUGCAGCAUAGUCUAAUAUUAUUGCAUAAUUAUGUGACAGUUGACUUCACAAUUGCGGAACUAAAGACAUUAAAAGUGAAGCAGAGAUACCAAUUCCGUGAUCAACAAUACAAUGGUUAGUUGCUCUCUAGAAGCACAUUCAAGUGGCAGAUGUGCAAUGAGAUUUAUUUUAUUUUAGAUAUUAUGUCUUUAUUUAUCUCGAUUUUCACUGCUUCAUUUUGAUGUCCUCUCGAGCAACCAUUGAGCAGAAGUAUUAUAAUGUCGGCGAAUGUAAAAAAAUGAUUAAGGGUAUUUUCACUUCAUCAUGAACAGAAAAAGUUAGCAACCACUGCAACGUCCACCUAUAUGUGAUAGGGGUAACAUGAAAUCCUUUUGAAUGAGUUGUAUGCCAUAAGUGUUUUUUCUAUAUUUUGUUUUCAGAUGAUGUGAAACAUUGUAGACUUCCCUAAAUCUGCUGGCCUUACCUUCUGAGGCCCUAGACAAAAGAGUUAUCAUUUAUUUAGGCCCUUUUCUGGCAACGUAAUUAGUGGCCUAUGAGGGGUCUGUAACAGCAUCAAGGUGCUUCAAAGCGUCAUUUGACAGCCAAAGUUGGAGCAUUCGGUGAAGAGAGAAUGAGCACCAUUCACCUUUCCAAAAAUAGAAAAACACUGGUUAUUUUUCUCUAGCAUAAUACAUUUAUGUAUGCCAACCAUUCUUUUGGCUUAGAGAAAAAUUAGGAUGAUGAAAUAUCCUAUCCUAACAAUGAUCAAAUAAAUAAAUACCAAUGUCAAAUGUCAAACAAGUUGUUUCACUUUUAUGUCAUGGAAAUUUAUUUCAUUAACGUUGUUACUAAGCAUGUUUGGCUGCUACUUUUCUGCUACUCUUUUGAUGUCAACCAAAGUAUUGUUCUUUUAUGAUUCUCUGGUUGUGAAUUCGUAAGUCUCUGCUGGAAUUUUUUUCUAUAAUUUGAACGAUAGUGCCCAUUAUAGGGGUGCUAUCUGUCAACUGGCUGUCACUUUCAUAUUUCUUGCCUGCUUCCCUCAAAUGGAGCCUUGAUCGAUAGAUCAAAUGUUCUUUCAAUCGCAAUGCUAGUGUCUUUAUGUUUAAUUAUAAAAAUAAAGGAAACAAUAGCAAUGAUCCCUUCUUUCUCACAGAUCCUGGAAAUGCCCUCAUUACUUCUUAAAUUGUAGGGAAAUUCUCGAUUAUUACUUUCGAAGAGUUCAUUUCAAUUGCAUUAGACGCACCACGAGUCGUUGGGAUCUACCCAGAAAUAAAGAACCCAGUUUUCAUCAACCAGCAUGUAAGUAAAUUAAGUCUCUUUUUCUUUCAAUUUCAGAAUUUGAUGUAUAUUGUCGUAUCAGAUUAUGUUCUUCUAAAUUCAAAUCCUUUGAAGAAGUAAUGGUUUUCUAGGCUACACCUGAUUGCAUUAAACGGUUCUUCCUUGGUUCAUACAAGGCAGUUCAAGUAAGGUCGCAGAAAGAGAACAAUUUUCUGGUGUUACAAUAUUUAUUCUAUCAUUAUUUGUGUGUAAGACCCUGCAUAACAAGGUUAGAUUCGAGACAAAAAAAAAGUGAAAGAAAAGUAAUAUGAUGACAUGUUUUUCCUAGGUUUUCUGCAACUUCUGUCAUAGUCUUUCAAUCUACGUAUAAUCUCUGCAUCUGGUGUUGUCCACUGGAAUCUUCUUUGCUCGGGGUCUCUGGUAUUGAAAAAGCUCGAAUAGUGUCAAUAAUUUUAGAUUGAGAGUCAAGAACCACAUGUGUCUUUGACUUUUGGAUUUAUGUUAAGAACUUGAGAAAUCUUUUUGUAGCCAAAACAAGCAGCGCUAUAUUAGGAUAUGGAUUUGCCCGUCUUUGUUGUUUGUGGAGAGUUUAUGGUCGGCAUUUUUUACCCAGUUUAUUCACUUUUCAGUUUUUUUAGGGUUUCUCUGCUAAUCCUUUUCUUAUUAAUGCAUCAAGACACUGAAAUGUUGUCAAUCCUGACAGGUUAAAUGGUUGGGCGGAAAGAGGUUUGAAGACAUUUUUGUCGACAUACUGCUGAGAAAUGGUUACAAAGGCCCUUACAUGUCAGACGAUUGGCUAAAACAACCAGUCUUUAUACAGUCUUUUGCUCCAACAUCCCUUGUUUAUGCUUCAAAGUUGAUUGAUUCCCCAAAAAUUUUAUUAAUUGACGAUGUGACAAUUCCAACCCAAGAUACAAAUCAGGUUCCUCCUUAGUCUCUACUGAGAGAAAUUACCUUUUUUUAAUAUACUCAGUGAAACUCUGCAAUCAGAUCAGAAGUUGGAUGAAAUAUUCAUUUUCUUCAAUAAUCAGGGGGCUAAAGUUUUGUUUUUCAGUUUCAUGCGUUUUUUACCAUAUUAUUGGUUUCUAAGGAAUCUGAGGUAUAUCGUAUUCAAAUCAUCGAAGAGACAAUUUUUUUUUUAAUGUUCCAUCUCGACAGCUCAACAAAUGAACUUUCUUUAGAAAAAAGUUGACCAACCCGGACCCCAGGGUUCUGAGUGAGAACCAUUAAAACCAGAGUUUGGUAGGAUCGCUGUGGUUUGGUAUGUGUAUUCCUAAUAUUAAAAUAAAAAUAAAAUAGAUUGCAUGUGGUUUGGUAUGUUACAUUUAUGACAUGUUCAGGUCAUAAAAGCACAAGGCUUACUUGGUCAUGUGGUGGUGACAUUCUUCUUUGCAGUCUUACUGGGAAAUCACCUCAGAGAGUUACUUUGAAUACAUCAAGGAGUACGUUGUUGGCAUUGGUCCAUGGAAAGAUACUGUUGUGCCCCCGCAGAAUAAUUAUUUGUCCACGCCUACUGAUCUUGUGGCCAAAGCACAUGCGUAUGAUCUACAGGUACGUUUGAUUAGAACCUACGGUGAUAAGAGAUCGGAAUAUUUUUCUUUUUCUCUGAAAUGAAGUGAUUGGAGUGGUAGAUUUCUUUUGUGCUAUUUUGUUGUAUGCUAAAUUUCGAUCUGUUAUACUAAUUUAACAUUGGGAAAAGAAAAAUAAAAUGCUGUGAUUAUACAGAUGGUUCUGUCAUUAUUGGCAACUAAUUGAGUUAGAUGGUAUAAUUUCUGGCGAUUGCUCAUAGCUCACAUGUAGUACUUCAUUUCUGUUGUGGUGGAAACAUUCUAAACUCGUAUGGUCCAAUUGGUGUUAUCCAUAUUAUCAAUUUGUGAUGCUCAACCUAUUCAAGCUGUUGACUUCUGAUCAAAACUUUUUAAAAAGCAUCUCACGUAGAAAAGCGUCCAUUUUUAGGGCUAGGAAGGUAAAAUCAGGGUUUUUUUUCCUCUCAAUAUUCACACUAUAACUAGAUAUUGUCAGAAGAAAUAUUCAUGUAUAUCGCUCUUAUUGUUAUAAUGAAAGCAUUUCCUAUCACAAGAAUGCGAUUACAAUGACUCGUGCUGGUUUUAUUUCCUGGCAUUCUAUCCGAGCCUUCACUUAUUUCUCGUUCUUGGUUUUUAAUAUUAAUCUUUAUUUUAUGAAUUACUAUAUUAUUGAAAAACAUUCUUUGAACUUAUUAAAAAGUUAUUUAGAUCAUUUUUUAUUACUCAGAUUAUCUCAAUUAUCAGAAAACGAUCUUACUAACUAUUUAUCGUGCUUGAAUCAAAAGGUUUUUAUCCCUUGCCUCUUUUUGUUGACCUGAGUUGACUUCAUGAUUGGUCGUUGACUACGUGCACGAGUAAGUUUAUCUUCAUCUCUUUCGCUGGCUACGCACGAGAUGCUUUUUCUUGGCUGCCCGCUUUGACUAGCCUUCUCCAAUCCGACUUCUAAUAAGAUCCGAGCAGAGUCUUCAGGAUGAGAGAGAAGUAGUGAGCCUGAUUAGUGGACCCCAAUGGAUCUUCCGCAGGUGCACCCCUACACGUACAGGAACGAGAACCAGUUCCUGCACUUUGACUUCCACCAGGAUCCGUACGCAGAAUACGAGUUCUGGAUAAACCAGAUGGGCGUGGACGGCUUGUUCACGGACUUCACCGGCAGCCUCCACAGGUACCAGGAGUGGACCUCUUUCGCGGCCGCCCCCAACGCCAGCGCCGCCGAUCGGCUGCUCCACAGGAUCUCGCUACUGAUCGACGCCUAUCGCGGGAAGUAG